AUGGCGACCUCUCACACUUUUCCGCCCGAAGAGACUCUACCUCAUCCACCCAUAAAUUUCGCUAAACAAGCUGUAAUUUAUAACAAGAAAGGAACCAAAUGCAUGAACAUUGUUAAAGAACUUUCCCCAACGAAUCAAUCGCCAUUAUCCUCACCCCCGGGUCAGGAUUUUGAUGCGUUAGCCUCGUCACACCAAACGCAAAAUGGUAUUCAGGCUUCAAACAAUUCAUCAAAUAAUUAUACCAUUGAAUUGGAUUUACCUGACGAAAUUGAUGAAGAUCUAGACGAGUUUUAUUCAGACGAUGAUGGUUAUGAUCCAGAAGCUCCUGAAAUUCCUUUUCCACGGAAGGACUUGGUUGCCAAUUUCGACAGCGAAGAAAAUGGUAUCUGGAAUACCAAUAAUAAUGAAGAACGUCAACGGAUACGUGAAUUUUGGCUGCAGUUAGGUGAAGAAGAAAGACGGAGUCUAUUAAAAGUAGAAAAAGAAAUGGUUUUAAAAAAAAUGAAGGAACAACAAAAGUCUCCAUGUUCUUGUUCCGGUUGUGGAAAGAAGAGAACCGCUAUUGAGGAAGAGCUUGAGAUCCUUUACGAUGCAUAUUAUGACGAGUUAGAACGUUAUGCAAACCAACAAGAACAACAAAAUGAUCUUAGCAAUUCAAUGUCAUCCAUGGGUAGUGAAAAUGGCAGUGAUACACGGAGAGAAUUAUUUCAAUUUGGAAAUAGUCUGACUGUCAAAGGUGGCAUUUUAACCGUAGCCGAUGAUCUAUUAAAAAAUGAUGGCAAAAAGUUUCUCGAAAUGAUGGAGACUCUUGCCGAAAAACGAAUGCAGCGGGAAGAAGAAGAUAAUAUCACAGAGGAACAGCGUAUGAAAGAGAGCAAACAAAUGUUCCAGAUAUUUGCAGCAAAAAUUGCUCAAAAACAACAAAAAGAGGAAGAGCGUGCUCGAAAAGAAGCUGAAAGGCUCGCAGAAGAAGCUGCCUUAAAAGCAGAGCGUGAACGAAAAGCAGAAGAAGAACGUAAACGUCGAGAGGAAGAACGCUUACGCAAAGAAGCAGAAAGGCGUGCUAAGGAGGAAGAGAGGCUAAAAAAAGAGGAGGAAAAACGACGAAAAGCACGUGAGGAAAAAGAGAAAGAGGAGCGGCGUCGAAAAGAGCAAGAAGCAAAAGAACGCAAAGAACGAGAAGAGAGAGAGCGUAAAGAGAGAGAGGAACGUGCUCGAAAAGAACAGGAAGCUAAAGAGCGCAAGGAACGCGAAGAACGUGAAAGAAAAGAACGACAAGAGAAAGAAAGGAAGAUAAGGGAAGAGAAAGAGCGUAAAGAACGUGAAGAGCGUGAGCGAAAGGAACGUGAAGAAAGAAUACGGAGAGAAAAUGAAGAAAAAGAACGGCUGGAACGAGAAGCAAAAGAACGAAAAGAGCGGGAAGAAAAAGAACGGAAGGAGAGAGAGGAGAAAGAAAAAGAAAAGUCAAAUGACAAACGGGGGAGCAAUAAAUUGGAUAAAUUAUCCAACUCACGAAGCCCCUCAGCAACUUCCCCUGGCGCUCCUCAGCCACCUCCAUUUGGUGCACAAGGACUAAGUGGCCUGAAUGGUCAUACUAAUGACAUUAUAAAUGAACUCUACACUAAUAAUAAAAAAAUAAUAAACCCUUCCCUUCCACCACAACCCCAAACGAACACUAUUCCCGGUAUAAAUCCUCAAUCCUCUUUAUUUGCUACAGGAUUGGGGCCAAUUGGCAUGGUGCCACAACAUCAUGGUCCACCAGUGCUCCAUCCACAUCAUCAGCAAAUGAGACAGAAUAUGCCGCCACCACCACCACCUCGUGGUUAUAAUCCUAUAACUGUAAAUCCACAUUUACCUGUUCCUCCCUCACCGUCAUCUGUUACUUCUUCGAAUUUAUCUAUUCUUAACGAUUCAGUAAUCAGCGGGGGUAAUGCUAGUGUUGUUGGUGGCGGUGGUGCUAGUAUUAAUGCGGGUGUCCCAUCAACAUUAGGGACUAACCAACCUACCGGAUUUGGUGGUGUGUUACCUUUGGGUGGUGGAGCACAAGGUCCACUGAGUGCACAAACAUUUAAUCUAGGUACUCAAGUGAUUGGACAACCAUCGACAAAUAACGUUGUUCCAAAUUCUCCCUUACCUCCGAUCGGUCAUUCUCGCCGACUCUCGACACAUCAUGAAGAUUCACAUGUCAUUCAACCACCAAAUAGUGCGAAUUCAAAGACUAUACAGCGACCUGCACCUAUUCAAAGACCGCGAAGGGGAUCCGCUUCUAAUGUUUCGCAGCCCAUGGAAAUGCGUACAAGAUCACCACCUCCAGGAUUCGGUGUUGGACCAAGUGUGCUACGUGGAGAUGAAGUACCUUUAUCAAUGACAAGUCGGCGACAAAGUCUUGCAACUCCUAUAGAAACAGCAACCUCGUAUUUUUCGAACUCUUUGUUUUCGGCUUUACCAGGCGGUUAG